UCCCUGUUUAAUUGCCUUACUUCGCACGGUCUUUUUGGACUUUGGAUAUUCACAAAUGCAAUUCAGACCGCCGCCUGUGAUAACUACCUUAUUUGCAACCCCUCCGCCUGGAAGCUCACAGCGUCAGCGGCGUAGCGUAGCUCGGAACCAUCCGAUUGCACGCAUCUCUCGUAUCCCACCAGUGCCAGCACCUCCUCCCCAACCGAUGUAAAUCACAUAGAGAUCUAUCUUCCCUGUCCCUCCUCGAAAA